ACGGUUGCUAAGAUUUUAGUGGAGAAAUAUUUUGUGCAUUAUGGACUUCCCACACGUAUUCACUCCGAUCAAGGGAGGGACUUUGAGUCUCGACUAAUCAAAGAACUGUUGACGUUAUUGGGCAUUAAAAAAUCUCGGACAACCCCAUACCACCCACAAGGUGAUCCGCAGCCAGAGAGAUUUAAUAGGACUUUGCUAUCCAUGCUGGGAACGUUGAAUCAAGAAAAGAAAAGACAAUGGAGCCAGUAUGUUGUUCACUUAGUGCACGCUUAUAACAGCACCAAAUGUGAUGCAACUGGAUUUUCUCCAUAUUUUCUCAUGUUUGGGCGAGAAGCAAAACUCCCAGUGGAUGUGUGCUUUGGGACACCCCUGGAUGAAGAGGGAGACCGUCGGCAUUCCUCUUAUGUUGCAAAGUUAAAAGAUAACCUGCAAAGAGCUUAUGAGAUGGCAACUGAAGCAGCCAACAAACUGCAUCUGCGUAACAAAAAAGCAUAUGACAGAAGAGUUGGGUUUCAUCAUUUGGAACCUGGUGACAAAGUUUUGAUGAAAAAUCUUGGAUUAAAAGGGAAACACAAGCUUGAGAACCGCUGGUGUGAUAUUCCCUAUGUGGUUGUGGAGAAGAUGCCAAACCUGCCUGUGUAUAAAGUGAAACCACAGAAUGGAAAAGGGAAGUUCAAAACUAUGCACAGAGACAACCUCUUGCCCAUAGGAGACUAUGUGCGUAUGCCCAUGGUGGAUAAUCUUCCAGAAGUUCACCCAAACUUACCAACAAGAGCACAAAGACGAACUACAUAUAAGAGACACAACAACGAUCAUUCAGUACAGGUGGCACCCGAGGAAUCAACUGAGUCAUCUGACUUUGAGUGGGAGUUACCACACCGACCAUACCGGACUUAUCUGGAGGGAAUACUCCAGGAACACAACAAUAGACGUGCACCACAAGAGCCUACUGUUCACGAGUCAGAGUCAGAGUCAGAGUUGGAGUCAGAACCUGAACCUGUCUCUAGUGAAGAUGACCGGCCAUGUCCAAGUAGUUCUAACAGCAGAAUGAGUCAUGCACAUUCAAGACCAAAACGCACCAUUAAACCAGUAGUGAGACUUACUUAUGAUGAACCUGGCAAAGCUAGUGAUCAACCCCUCACUAUCGUUCAUAGGGGUGUUGUCAUAAAAAUACAGAGCUAAAAAGUGGUUAAAACUGCCCUUCCCAUUGUUGAGUUAUCCAAAUGUUCAUAAAGUCUGUUGGGGACACCAGACAUUUAGAGGGGGGAAGGUGUAACCCAGUCCAAAAUAAGAGUAUUUUGUAUUGAGUUAAGUUCAUGGAAGGAAUAAUAAUUUAGAAUGUGUUAAGCAUGUUUGCUUAAAUAUGUUAAAAUUGUUAUAAAUAUGUGUUAGCAAAAAGAAAUGUAUUUAAAACCGUUUUAUAGGAAAGUAAUCUUCACCAUAUUUUAUUUUGAAGGGCUUAUGUUUGUAAGAGGAAGUGGGGUAGAACAAAGCAAUUUCAUUGGUCCAUGGUUGGCUGAGGGUCAGCAGGAAAAGAAAACAGAGGGAAAAACAAGAGAAGAGAGAUAGAAAACCGCGCUGGAAAAUGUGGCAGAGUUAAUGAGAAACGAGUGUUUUUGUAGCUAUUUAGGUUCUCAACUCGACAGUCUAUUUAUAAAUAUCAACUCUACACUUUUGUUUGUAGCUACUGUGAUCAUUCCAAACCGGAAUUCGCUGUACAGUAGGUGCAAGUAAUAUGUAAUGCUCGCUAGCGCAUUAGCCUAAUAGCAUUCAUUAGCACAAUGAAUGGACACUGAGUACUGUGAGCUAACUCGGCUAACAGAAGACUAAUGUUUCCGUCAUGGGAGCGUUACAGAACUGAGCCUAGUGCAAAGAGAUGAGCUUACAUUGAGUCUGUGACUGUGCUGGAGGACUGUGUCUGCGCUGGAUUUUCUUCCUGUUUUCCUGAAUCCUGUGAAGGAGCUGAAGACAUCUUGCCAACCGGACUAAGGACAAGUUUAAUUUCAAGAAGGUUCAAGGUUUUCUCUGGAGUAAGGUACCAAAUUCCACGCUUCAUCAUCACAUCAGGCCUGCAACGGGUUUAUUUUUUUGGGACUAUAUUUCAGUUAAUUAUUGCCGGCUUAGGUGAACAUUUAAGUGUGGGCCCACAUUGAAAACAGGUUUGAAACCAAAAGUGUUUUUUUGUGAACUUAUUAUUGUGUUCAAUAUAUGUUCAAAAUCUCAUACAGGUGUGUGUUUGAUUUAUUGUAGAAUAGUAUUUGAAGUUUAUUAUUUUUGGUCAAAGCUAUAUUAUUGAGUGACGAGAAUAGAAAAGUACUGGAGUAUUAUUAUCCUAAAGUGAAACUUAAACAAAGGUUUAAACACGAGAGUGUUAUUAUUUAUAAGUUAAUGGGUUUAAUGAACUCAGGGGCCCUUACCCACUUCAUUGCGGUAUAAUUGGGC